AUGAUGAAACAGUACACUCCAGUUCUGCUCGCCGUACUGAGUCAAUAUCUGCCUUUUGGUAUGACACAGAAAUUGGCUUGGGUGACUACUGUGGUCACCGAAUGCUUCGAUGCCUCAACAUCCAGCAAACCGUCCGUAGCGACUACAGUCUCAGUACAAUCACCACAAGGUACAUACGCCUACAGCAUGCCAUUGUGUCUGGAAUGCGGCUGUCCGACCUGCACAUUUACAAGCGUCUUCACGACGACUCUGCUAGCCUUUUACCCAACGGGAACUACAGCGCAUCCCUACACGGUCACUGAAACAUAUGCUGGAAUGUCAUCAUUGCCAACCUUUGCGACACCAACAACCAUACCAUACGGAUUUACCGUUACACAGGCAACGUGUACUAUCUGCGACACGACGCCCAUAGUCAUGACCAUGACCUGCCCGAGUGGCGGCGUGCCAUACGCCACACGCGCUUUCCCAGACACCAACCCUCUAAUGCCUGCAGUAGAUCGCCAAGGACUGGCUGGUGGAGUGUCGUAUACCACGAGAGGUGGAAAUAGUGCUUUGCCAACCAAUGACCCUAUCUUACCCGAAGUCAGCAGCCAAGGGCCGUCCACCGGUGCGCCGGGCAUUGGGGCAAUGCCGACUGGCGACAAUGGACAGUGUCUGCAAGGACCGACGGUGGUUUUAACAACCUUCAUUACUGUUUUGAUCAGUGCAACUCCUGAGACCGCGCUCACGUCGACUCUAGCCACACACAGCAAUUUCGAACGUCCCGUUUUCCAAAAGUCACCUUGGAACGCAACAUUCACGUCACCGCCCAUUAACAGCAUGUUGGCUAUGUCGGCAGAUAGCUCCGGUAGUGAAAACUCACUGGCGGAGCGUUUUACCAGCAAUGUCAACGCCUGGAAAUCAAGUUCGACAGGCGAUACACCGCCACCAGCCAUCAGACUCGCCAGUGGUGUAGCAGAGAAACGAGUUGCCAUUGAAACUACUAGAGUAAUUUCAGAUGGUGGUCUGUCGGUUCGACCAAUACCACAACUUCCUCUAGUCUUACUAAUCGUUGUCAUCGCUGCUCUAACGCUUCCUAUCACUGUUUGA